CCAGCGCAAGGUUUCAGCUGCAUCACGUCGGUCUGGUCAUACAUACUCCGGCGUGUGGUAUCUACGUUUGUAUCAGGGAUUGUGACAUGGCUGAUGAGGGAUAUGUAGUACGCAUCAGGGGGCUCCCUUGGUCCUGCUCAGUGGAUGAAGUACAGAGGUUUUUCUCCGAGUGCAAAAUCAUCACCAAUGGAGGCGGCAUUCACUUCACCUACACAAGAGAGGGGCGUCCCAGCGGAGAGGCAUUCGUCGAAAUGGAGACCGAGGAAGAUCUGAAGAUUGCAGUGAAGAAGGACCGAGAAACUAUGGGUCACAGAUAUGUCGAGGUUUUUAAAUCCAACAAUGUCGAGAUGGACUGGGUCAUGAAGCACACCGGUCCAAACUGUCCAGAAACGGCAGGAGAUGGGCUCGUCCGGCUCCGAGGUCUUCCUUUUGGCUGCAGCAAGGAGGAGAUAGUACAGUUUUUCUCAGGGUUGGAAAUCGUGCCAAAUGGGAUAACAUUGCCGGUGGACAUCCAGGGGAGGAGUACGGGGGAGGCCUUCGUGCAGUUUGCUUCACAGGAUAUAGCUGAAAAGGCUCUAAAGAAACACAAGGAAAGAAUAGGGCACAGGUACAUUGAGAUCUUCAAGAGUAGCCGUGCUGAGGUGCGGACCCAUUACGAACCCCAGCGGAAGCCCAUGGGCAUGCAGAGACCCGGCCCCUAUGACCGGCCCUCGGGUGGUCGCGGCUACAACAUGAUGAGCCGAGGGGGAUCCUACGACAGAAUGCGUCGCGGAGGCUACGGAGGAGGAGGUGUAUCGGAUGGACGAUAUGGUGAUGGCGGCGGCGGUGGCAGCGGCUCUUCCUUCCAGAGCACAACAGGCCACUGUGUCCAUAUGAGGGGCCUGCCCUACAGAGCCACAGAGACGGACAUCUACAAUUUCUUCUCGCCAUUGAAUCCGGUGCGGGUCCAUAUUGAGAUCGGCCCAGACGGCAGGGUAACCGGGGAGGCAGAUGUAGAGUUUGCGACACACGAAGAUGCCGUGGCCGCCAUGUCCAAAGACAAAGCUAACAUGCAGCACCGCUACGUGGAGCUGUUCUUGAACUCAACAGCAGGCGGAAGUAACGGAGCCUACAGCAGCCAGAUGAUGGGUGGCAUGGGGAACCAGUCGUCUUACAGCGGUGGCCAGCUGAGCUCAGGGUACUCUGGUGGAUACAGCAGCCAGGGCAAUAUGGGCGGCUACAGUGAUUACAGUAACCAGGGCGGAAUGGGAAGCAGUUACUAUGGCGGCGGAGGAGGAAGCAGAGGCUCUAUGAACGGACUGAGCGGGGGAUGGGGAAUGUAGAUUGUUUUCCUUAAUUUGAUGUUUUUUUUAAACUCAGCAUUUUGCUGGAAGGACUGGAAAUGCAAGUCUCACCUAGUAAACAUAGGGUAGGGUCAGGUGAUGAAAACAUUGAGGGGGUAGGGUUUGUAUUUUUUUUAAGUGGAUGAUCUUCAGAGAGAAGUGAGAUCAUCCGGUGUCACUAAGUGUCAGAAGCGCUGUUUGUCUUCCCCUUUGCUCACAGAUUUAAAUGUUCAUUACAAGGAAGUGUGCUGUUUGUGUGUUAUUGUUCUCCAUAAAGCUGUCUGUCCCCCGAGGUUAACUCAUCCUGUGCUGGUGGCGUUAACACUAGUUUCAAUGUCUGAGUGCAUGAACAAAACAAGAAAUCAGAGCGUCUGGUAUCUUCUGAUGUUUAGACCUUGUUCCACCUCUACAGAGUGUUAAGACGUUAAUCAGGUUUGUCGAGGGCGAAUGAAUUUCAAAUCCGCUGACGUGAAGGUUUCUACUGCUUCAAAUGCUAUUUGUAUUUCCUGUGCACAAAGUGAAUAAACUAGUCUGGAAUAUCUAAUUGAAA